AUGGCUAGCCCGCUAACUCUUAAGUUAGCCAUGGGCAAAUUAAAAAGCAUUUGUGUCCUGCUGUGGAUAUGUGGGUACAGUGCCCUGGCCACCACAGAAGAAGGCUAUGCAAGAUCAAUGAGAGAUGCUGCCAUUCUGACCUCUUGUGACUUUAACCAGGAAAGUGCACCCUAUUGUCAGCUCCAGCAGGACGGCAACGACAACAGUGAUUGGACAAGACACCGAGGCCCCACCCCUACACCAGGAACAGGCCCCCCCGGGGACUACCCUGACGGCAAUGGGUUCUACAUCUACCAUGAGUGUGACAACGUGGCCAACGGGCAGAAGGCUCGUCUUCUCAGCCCGGCCCUCUCCUCCACCUCCACCCAGAUUUGUGUCCAGUUCCACUACUACAUGUACGGCUCAGACAACCAGAACCACCUGCACGUGCUGGCCAAGAGGCCCACCUCGGAGGACAAAGUCUGGGAGAAGACUGGGAUCCAGAGCCCCUCCUGGCUUGGAGCUGCUGUCACUGUGGCCAAACCAGCAGGACAGACCCUAAAUAUUGUGUUUGAGGCACAGCGUGGAUUGUCUGCUUCUUGUGACUCAGCCCUGGAUAACAUUGUCAUUAGUGAGGGAGCUUGUCCAGCCUGUCUGACUGGUUGUGACUUCGACACCACUGAUGAUCUGUGCAGCUGGGAGGCACGUAAACCAUCACAUCCUGACUUGUUUGGUUGGGAGCAGUGGAUUGGUCAAACUGACACAGACGGAUCUGGUCCUGACGAUGACUUCUCCAAACCAGGCUUGGGCCAAUAUCUGCUGAUGGACUCGUUGUUUCGUGUCGCUGGAGAGAAAGUAGAGCUGUGGAGCCCACCCACCACCUCCUCCUCUGGCUGUCUGGACCUUACCUUCCAUUACUACAUGUACGGCACUGCCACCACCAUGAAGCUCAAUGUCCACGCAGUGACCAGUGCUCUCUCUCACUCUCCCACUCCAGGAGGAAGCCUCGGUUCCCCUAUCUUCUCCUUGACAGGGAACCAGGGCCAGGGUUGGAAGCCUGCAGAGAUACGCUACCUUGGCUCAGAUAACAUGCAGUUUGUGAUCGUUGGCUUCUACGGUGAGACCCCUGAGACAGACAUCGCUAUAGACGCUGUAUGCAUCACAGAAUGCACAGCUCCUCCACCAACUACACCAAAACCUCCAACACCGGGACCAACUACCUCAGCACCAGGAACAACUACUCCCAAACCCUCAACCCCCAAGCCUUCUACACCAAAACCACCAACCACAAAACCACCAGUGACAUGCCCUCCCAAUGCUGAGUAUAUAGAGUGUGGCCCUGCCUGCAUCCCCAGCUGUAAGGAACCCUCCACCAACUGCACUGGCUCCUGUAUCAGCGCGUGUUUCUGUAAGCCAGGCUUUGUGUUCAAAGGCAGACGCUGUGUCCCCAUAGAAACAUGUGGCUGUCUGGAGGGAGGUGACUACUAUGAGCCAGGAGAGAUCAUCUUUGGGGACGGCUGCUCCAAACUGUGUCGUUGUGCUGGAAACUACAUCUUGGACUGUGUGGACAACUCCUGCUCUCCCACGGAGGAGUGUCGCAACGGAGCCUGCUAUCCUAAAGACACCUCUACCUGUAUCGCGUCUGGUGACCCUCACUACACCACCUUCGACAAGAAGAAGUACAACUUCAUGGGGAACUGCAGCUACCUGAUGUCAGAGCCCUGUAACCACACGUCAGUGCCUCACUACGAGGUGCAUGCUGACAACGAGAACCGCUUCAACAAACCAACCAUCUCCUACCUGAAGGCUGUGCAUGUGUACGUGCGUGGGGUGAAGAUCUCCGUCUUGAAGGGAGGCACCGUGCAGUUGGAUGGUAUCAAUGUGAACAUCCCACUGACCCCAGCUACAGGCGUGUCUGUUUUGAAGUCUGGUAAACACUACACUGUAGCCAUGGACUUUGGUGUGACCGUACGAUAUGACGGAAACCACUAUAUGGACAUCAAGGUCAUCAAGGACUAUAAGGACAAGCUGUGUGGACUGUGUGGAGACUACAACGGAAACUCCAACGAUGACUUCAGGAAACCCGACGGUUCUCUGACCACCAACCCCAAUGACUUUGGACACAGCUGGGUCACAGAUCCCAAUUGUAACAAGAAGCCCAACACCACCAUCCCAGGCUGUACUGAUGAUGAACUGGACAGGUAUGAGAGCUCUGGCUACUGCGGCAUGCUACUGGACAAGAACGGACCGUUCGCUGUCUGUCACCCUAAGGUCAACCCCAAUAGUUUCUUCAAGGACUGUCUGUUUGACCUGUGCGAGCUGGAUGGUGCUCAACCCAUCCUGUGUGAGUCCAUCGAGUCGUACGUCAACGACUGUCAGGACCGAGGAGUCACCAUCGGAACCUGGAGGAACAGCACCUUCUGCCCUCUGACAUGCCCCCCCAACAGUCAGUACGUGCCCUGUGCCGCCCCUUGCCAGCCCAGCUGUGCCUCCAGACCCUCCACAGGGUGUGAUGCUCCCUGUUCAGAGGGCUGUGUGUGUGACCCUGGUUACGUCCUCAGCGCCGGGAAGUGUGUCAAAGAGAACUCCUGUGGCUGCAAAGGCACCAACGGACAGUACUACGAGCCUGGUGAGGAGUGGUACCUGGAGGACUGUAAGCUGAAAUGUUAUUGUAACGCUCCCUUCGUCACCUGCAAUCCCUCUGAUUGCCCUCCAAUGCACGAGUGUAAGGUCCAGGGAGGAGAGCUGGACUGCUACCCUACAACCCCAACUACAGUCAAACCAACUACUCCCAUACCAACUACACCUAAACCAACUACUCCCAAACCUACUACCACAAAACCACCAGUGAUGUGCCCUCCCAAUGCUGAGUAUAUAGAGUGUGGCCCUGCCUGCAUCCCCAGCUGUAAGGAACCCUCCACCAACUGCACUGGCUCCUGUAUCAGCGCGUGUUUCUGUAAGCCAGGCUUUGUGUUCAAAGGCAGACGCUGUGUCCCCAUAGAAACAUGUGGCUGUCUGGAGGGAGGUGACUACUAUGAGCCAGGAGAGAUCAUCUUUGGGGACGGCUGCUCCAAGCUGUGUCGUUGUGCUGGAAACUACAUCUUGGACUGUGUGGACAACUCCUGCUCUCCCACGGAGGAGUGUCGCAACGGAGCCUGCUAUCCUAAAGACACCUCUACCUGUAUCGCGUCUGGUGACCCUCACUACACCACCUUCGACAAGAAGAAGUACAACUUCAUGGGGAACUGCAGCUACUUGAUGUCAGAGCCCUGUAACCACACGUCAGUGCCUCACUACGAGGUGCAUGCUGACAACGAGAACCGCUUCAACAAACCAACCAUCUCCUACCUGAAGGCUGUGCAUGUGUACGUGCGUGGGGUGAAGAUCUCCGUCUUGAAGGGAGGCACCGUGCAGUUGGAUGGUAUCAAUGUGAACAUCCCACUGACCCCAGCUACAGGCGUGUCUGUUUUGAAGUCUGGUAAACACUACACUGUAGCCAUGGACUUUGGUGUGACCGUACGAUAUGACGGAAACCACUAUAUGGACAUCAAGGUCAUCAAGGACUAUAAGGACAAGCUGUGUGGACUGUGUGGAGACUACAACGGAAACUCCAACGAUGACUUCAGGAAACCCGACGGUUCUCUGACCACCAACCCCAAUGACUUUGGACACAGCUGGGUCACAGAUCCCAAUUGUAACAAGAAGCCCAACACCACCAUCCCAGGCUGUACUGAUGAUGAACUGGACAGGUAUGAGAGCUCUGGCUACUGCGGCAUGCUACUGGACAAGAACGGACCGUUCGCUGUCUGUCACCCUAAGGUCAACCCCAAUAGUUUCUUCAAGGACUGUCUGUUUGACCUGUGCGAGCUGGAUGGUGCUCAACCCAUCCUGUGUGAGUCCAUCGAGUCGUACGUCAACGACUGUCAGGACCGAGGAGUCACCAUCGGAACCUGGAGGAACAGCACCUUCUGCCCUCUGACAUGCCCCCCCAACAGUCAGUACGUGCCCUGUGCCGCCCCUUGCCAGCCCAGCUGUGCCUCCAGACCCUCCACAGGGUGUGAUGCUCCCUGUUCAGAGGGCUGUGUGUGUGACCCUGGUUACGUCCUCAGCGCCGGGAAGUGUGUCAAAGAGAACUCCUGUGGCUGCAAAGGCACCAACGGACAGUACUACGAGCCUGGUGAGGAGUGGUACCUGGAGGACUGUAAGCUGAAAUGUUAUUGUAACGCUCCCUUCGUCACCUGCAAUCCCUCUGAUUGCCCUCCAAUGCACGAGUGUAAGGUCCAGGGAGGAGAGCUGGACUGCUACCCUACAACCCCAACUACAGUCAAACCAACUACUCCCAUACCAACUACACCUAAACCAACUACUCCCAAACCUACUACCACAAAACCACCAGUGACGUGCCCUCCCAAUGCUGAGUAUAUAGAGUGUGGCCCUGCCUGCAUCCCCAGCUGUAAGGAACCCUCCACCAACUGCACUGGCUCCUGUAUCAGCGCGUGUUUCUGUAAGCCAGGCUUUGUGUUCAAAGGCAGACGCUGUGUCCCCAUAGAAACAUGUGGCUGUCUGGAGGGAGGUGACUACUAUGAGCCAGGAGAGAUCAUCUUUGGGGACGGCUGCUCCAAGCUGUGUCGUUGUGCUGGAAACUACAUCUUGGACUGUGUGGACAACUCCUGCUCUCCCACGGAGGAGUGUCGCAACGGAGCCUGCUAUCCUAAAGACACCUCUACCUGUAUCGCGUCUGGUGACCCUCACUACACCACCUUCGACAAGAAGAAGUACAACUUCAUGGGGAACUGCAGCUACUUGAUGUCAGAGCCCUGUAACCACACGUCAGUGCCUCACUACGAGGUGCAUGCUGACAACGAGAACCGCUUCAACAAACCAACCAUCUCCUACCUGAAGGCUGUGCAUGUGUACGUGCGUGGGGUGAAGAUCUCCAUCUUGAAGGGAGGCACCGUGCAGUUGGAUGGUAUCAAUGUGAACAUCCCACUGACCCCAGCUACAGGCGUGUCUGUUUUGAAGUCUGGUAAACACUACACUGUAGCCAUGGACUUUGGUGUGACCGUACGAUAUGACGGAAACCACUAUAUGGACAUCAAGGUCAUCAAGGACUAUAAGGACAAGCUGUGUGGACUGUGUGGAGACUACAACGGAAACUCCAACGAUGACUUCAGGAAACCCGACGGUUCUCUGACCACCAACCCCAAUGACUUUGGACACAGCUGGGUCACAGAUCCCAAUUGUAACAAGAAGCCCAACACCACCAUCCCAGGCUGUACUGAUGAUGAACUGGACAGGUAUGAGAGCUCUGGCUACUGCGGCAUGCUACUGGACAAGAACGGACCGUUCGCUGUCUGUCACCCUAAGGUCAACCCCAAUAGUUUCUUCAAGGACUGUCUGUUUGACCUGUGCGAGCUGGAUGGUGCUCAACCCAUCCUGUGUGAGUCCAUCGAGUCGUACGUCAACGACUGUCAGGACCGAGGAGUCACCAUCGGAACCUGGAGGAACAGCACCUUCUGCCCUCUGACAUGCCCCCCCAACAGUCAGUACGUGCCCUGUGCCGCCCCUUGCCAGCCCAGCUGUGCCUCCAGACCCUCCACAGGGUGUGAUGCUCCCUGUUCAGAGGGCUGUGUGUGUGACCCUGGUUACGUCCUCAGCGCCGGGAAGUGUGUCAAAGAGAACUCCUGUGGCUGCAAAGGCACCAACGGACAGUACUACGAGCCUGGUGAGGAGUGGUACCUGGAGGACUGUAAGCUGAAAUGUUAUUGUAACGCUCCCUUCGUCACCUGCAAUCCCUCUGAUUGCCCUCCAAUGCACGAGUGUAAGGUCCAGGGAGGAGAGCUGGACUGCUACCCUACAACCCCAACUACAGUCAAACCAACUACUCCCAUACCAACUACACCUAAACCAACUACUCCCAAACCUACUACCACAAAACCACCAGUGACGUGCCCUCCCAAUGCUGAGUAUAUAGAGUGUGGCCCUGCCUGCAUCCCCAGCUGUAAGGAACCCUCCACCAACUGCACUGGCUCCUGUAUCAGCGCGUGUUUCUGUAAGCCAGGCUUUGUGUUCAAAGGCAGACGCUGUGUCCCCAUAGAAACAUGUGGCUGUCUGGAGGGAGGUGACUACUAUGAGCCAGGAGAGAUCAUCUUUGGGGACGGCUGCUCCAAGCUGUGUCGUUGUGCUGGAAACUACAUCUUGGACUGUGUGGACAACUCCUGCUCUCCCACGGAGGAGUGUCGCAACGGAGCCUGCUAUCCUAAAGACACCUCUACCUGUAUCGCGUCUGGUGACCCUCACUACACCACCUUCGACAAGAAGAAGUACAACUUCAUGGGGAACUGCAGCUACUUGAUGUCAGAGCCCUGUAACCACACGUCAGUGCCUCACUACGAGGUGCAUGCUGACAACGAGAACCGCUUCAACAAACCAACCAUCUCCUACCUGAAGGCUGUGCAUGUGUACGUGCGUGGGGUGAAGAUCUCCAUCUUGAAGGGAGGCACCGUGCAGUUGGAUGGUAUCAAUGUGAACAUCCCACUGACCCCAGCUACAGGCGUGUCUGUUUUGAAGUCUGGUAAACACUACACUGUAGCCAUGGACUUUGGUGUGACCGUACGAUAUGACGGAAACCACUAUAUGGACAUCAAGGUCAUCAAGGACUAUAAGGACAAGCUGUGUGGACUGUGUGGAGACUACAACGGAAACUCCAACGAUGACUUCAGGAAACCCGACGGUUUUCUGACCACCAACCCCAAUGACUUUGGACACAGCUGGGUCACAGAUCCCAAUUGUAACAAGAAGCCCAACACCACCAUCCCAGGCUGUACUGAUGAUGAACUGGACAGGUAUGAGAGCUCUGGCUACUGCGGCAUGCUACUGGACAAGAACGGACCGUUCGCUGUCUGUCACCCUAAGGUCAACCCCAAUAGUUUCUUCAAGGACUGUCUGUUUGACCUGUGCGAGCUGGAUGGUGCUCAACCCAUCCUGUGUGAGUCCAUCGAGUCGUACGUCAACGACUGUCAGGACCGAGGAGUCACCAUCGGAACCUGGAGGAACAGCACCUUCUGCCCUCUGACAUGCCCCCCCAACAGUCAGUACGUGCCCUGUGCCGCCCCUUGCCAGCCCAGCUGUGCCUCCAGACCCUCCACAGGGUGUGAUGCUCCCUGUUCAGAGGGCUGUGUGUGUGACCCUGGUUACGUCCUCAGCGCCGGGAAGUGUGUCAAAGAGAACUCCUGUGGCUGCAAAGGCACCAACGGACAGUACUACGAGCCUGGUGAGGAGUGGUACCUGGAGGACUGUAAGCUGAAAUGUUAUUGUAACGCUCCCUUCGUCACCUGCAAUCCCUCUGAUUGCCCUCCAAUGCACGAGUGUAAGGUCCAGGGAGGAGAGCUGGACUGCUACCCUACAACCCCAACUACAGUCAAACCAACUACUCCCAUACCAACUACACCUAAACCAACUACUCCCAAACCUACUACCACAAAACCACCAGUGACGUGCCCUCCCAAUGCUGAGUAUAUAGAGUGUGGCCCUGCCUGCAUCCCCAGCUGUAAGGAACCCUCCACCAACUGCACUGGCUCCUGUAUCAGCGCGUGUUUCUGUAAGCCAGGCUUUGUGUUCAAAGGCAGACGCUGUGUCCCCAUAGAAACAUGUGGCUGUCUGGAGGGAGGUGACUACUAUGAGCCAGGAGAGAUCAUCUUUGGGGACGGCUGCUCCAAGCUGUGUCGUUGUGCUGGAAACUACAUCUUGGACUGUGUGGACAACUCCUGCUCUCCCACGGAGGAGUGUCGCAACGGAGCCUGCUAUCCUAAAGACACCUCUACCUGUAUCGCGUCUGGUGACCCUCACUACACCACCUUCGACAAGAAGAAGUACAACUUCAUGGGGAACUGCAGCUACUUGAUGUCAGAGCCCUGUAACCACACGUCAGUGCCUCACUACGAGGUGCAUGCUGACAACGAGAACCGCUUCAACAAACCAACCAUCUCCUACCUGAAGGCUGUGCAUGUGUACGUGCGUGGGGUGAAGAUCUCCGUCUUGAAGGGAGGCACCGUGCAGUUGGAUGGUAUCAAUGUGAACAUCCCACUGACCCCAGCUACAGGCGUGUCUGUUUUGAAGUGUAAACACUACACUGUAGCCAUGGACUUUGGUGUGACCGUACGAUAUGACGGAAACCACUAUAUGGACAUCAAGGUCAUCAAGGACUAUAAGGACAAGCUGUGUGGACUGUGUGGAGACUACAACGGAAACUCCAACGAUGACUUCAGGAAACCCGACGGUUCUCUGACCACCAACCCCAAUGACUUUGGACACAGCUGGGUCACAGAUCCCAAUUGUAACAAGAAGCCCAACACCACCAUCCCAGGCUGUACUGAUGAUGAACUGGACAGGUAUGAGAGCUCUGGCUACUGCGGCAUGCUACUGGACAAGAACGGACCGUUCGCUGUCUGUCACCCUAAGGUCAACCCCAAUAGUUUCUUCAAGGACUGUCUGUUUGACCUGUGCGAGCUGGAUGGUGCUCAACCCAUCCUGUGUGAGUCCAUCGAGUCGUACGUCAACGACUGUCAGGACCGAGGAGUCACCAUCGGAACCUGGAGGAACAGCACCUUCUGCCCUCUGACAUGCCCCCCCAACAGUCAGUACGUGCCCUGUGCCGCCCCUUGCCAGCCCAGCUGUGCCUCCAGACCCUCCACAGGGUGUGAUGCUCCCUGUUCAGAGGGCUGUGUGUGUGACCCUGGUUACGUCCUCAGCGCCGGGAAGUGUGUCAAAGAGAACUCCUGUGGCUGCAAAGGCACCAACGGACAGUACUACGAGCCUGGUGAGGAGUGGUACCUGGAGGACUGUAAGCUGAAAUGUUAUUGUAACGCUUUCGUCACCUGCAAUCCCUCUGAUUGCCCUCCAAUGCACGAGUGUAAGGUCCAGGGAGGAGAGCUGGACUGCUACCCUACAACCCCAACUACAGUCAAACCAACUACUCCCAUACCAACUACACCUAAACCAACUACUCCCAAACCUACUACCACAAAACCACCAGUGACGUGCCCUCCCAAUGCUGAGUAUAUAGAGUGUGGCCCUGCCUGCAUCCCCAGCUGUAAGGAACCCUCCACCAACUGCACUGGCUCCUGUAUCAGCGCGUGUUUCUGUAAGCCAGGCUUUGUGUUCAAAGGCAGACGCUGUGUCCCCAUAGAAACAUGUGGCUGUCUGGAGGGAGGUGACUACUAUGAGCCAGGAGAGAUCAUCUUUGACGGCUGCUCCAAGCUGUGUCGUUGUGCUGGAAACUACAUCUUGGACUGUGUGGACAACUCCUGCUCUCCCACGGAGGAGUGUCGCAACGGAGCCUGCUAUCCUAAAGACACCUCUACCUGUAUCGCGUCUGGUGACCCUCACUACACCACCUUCGACAAGAAGAAGUACAACUUCAUGGGGAACUGCAGCUACUUGAUGUCAGAGCCCUGUAACCACACGUCAGUGCCUCACUACGAGGUGCAUGCUGACAACGAGAACCGCUUCAACAAACCAACCAUCUCCUACCUGAAGGCUGUGCAUGUGUACGUGCGUGGGGUGAAGAUCUCCGUCUUGAAGGGAGGCACCGUGCAGUUGGAUGGUAUCAAUGUGAACAUCCCACUGACCCCAGCUACAGGCGUGUCUGUUUUGAAGUCUGGUAAACACUACACUGUAGCCAUGGACUUUGGUGUGACCGUACGAUAUGACGGAAACCACUAUAUGGACAUCAAGGUCAUCAAGGACUAUAAGGACAAGCUGUGUGGACUGUGUGGAGACUACAACGGAAACUCCAACGAUGACUUCAGGAAACCCGACGGUUCUCUGACCACCAACCCCAAUGACUUUGGACACAGCUGGGUCACAGAUCCCAAUUGUAACAAGAAGCCCAACACCACCAUCCCAGGCUGUACUGAUGAUGAACUGGACAGGUAUGAGAGCUCUGGCUACUGCGGCAUGCUACUGGACAAGAACGGACCGUUCGCUGUCUGUCACCCUAAGGUCAACCCCAAUAGUUUCUUCAAGGACUGUCUGUUUGACCUGUGCGAGCUGGAUGGUGCUCAACCCAUCCUGUGUGAGUCCAUCGAGUCGUACGUCAACGACUGUCAGGACCGAGGAGUCACCAUCGGAACCUGGAGGAACAGCACCUUCUGCCCUCUGACAUGCCCCCCCAACAGUCAGUACGUGCCCUGUGCCGCUUGCCAGCCCAGCUGUGCCUCCAGACCCUCCACAGGGUGUGAUGCUCCCUGUUCAGAGGGCUGUGUGUGUGACCCUGGUUACGUCCUCAGCGCCGGGAAGUGUGUCAAAGAGAACUCCUGUGGCUGCAAAGGCACCAACGGACAGUACUACGAGCCUGGUGAGGAGUGGUACCUGGAGGACUGUAAGCUGAAAUGUUAUUGUAACGCUCCCUUCGUCACCUGCAAUCCCUCUGAUUGCCCUCCAAUGCACGAGUGUAAGGUCCAGGGAGGAGAGCUGGACUGCUACCCUACAACCCCAACUACAGUCAAACCAACUACUCCCAUACCAACUACACCUAAACCAACUACUCCCAAACCUACUACCACAAAACCACCAGUGACGUGCCCUCCCAAUGCUGAGUAUAUAGAGUGUGGCCCUGCCUGCAUCCCCAGCUGUAAGGAACCCUCCACCAACUGCACUGGCUCCUGUAUCAGCGCGUGUUUCUGUAAGCCAGGCUUUGUGUUCAAAGGCAGACGCUGUGUCCCCAUAGAAACAUGUGGCUGUCUGGAAGGUGACUACUAUGAGCCAGGAGAGAUCAUCUUUGGGGACGGCUGCUCCAAGCUGUGUCGUUGUGCUGGAAACUACAUCUUGGACUGUGUGGACAACUCCUGCUCUCCCACGGAGGAGUGUCGCAACGGAGCCUGCUAUCCUAAAGACACCUCUACCUGUAUCGCGUCUGGUGACCCUCACUACACCACCUUCGACAAGAAGAAGUACAACUUCAUGGGGAACUGCAGCUACUUGAUGUCAGAGCCCUGUAACCACACGUCAGUGCCUCACUACGAGGUGCAUGCUGACAACGAGAACCGCUUCAACAAACCAACCAUCUCCUACCUGAAGGCUGUGCAUGUGUACGUGCGUGGGGUGAAGAUCUCCGUCUUGAAGGGAGGCACCGUGCAGUUGGAUGGUAUCAAUGUGAACAUCCCACUGACCCCAGCUACAGGCGUGUCUGUUUUGAAGUCUGGUAAACACUACACUGUAGCCAUGGACUUUGGUGUGACCGUACGAUAUGACGGAAACCACUAUAUGGACAUCAAGGUCAUCAAGGACUAUAAGGACAAGCUGUGUGGACUGUGUGGAGACUACAACGGAAACUCCAACGAUGACUUCAGGAAACCCGACGGUUCUCUGACCACCAACCCCAAUGACUUUGGACACAGCUGGGUCACAGAUCCCAAUUGUAACAAGAAGCCCAACACCACCAUCCCAGGCUGUACUGAUGAUGAACUGGACAGGUAUGAGAGCUCUGGCUACUGCGGCAUGCUACUGGACAAGAACGGACCGUUCGCUGUCUGUCACCCUAAGGUCAACCCCAAUAGUUUCUUCAAGGACUGUCUGUUUGACCUGUGCGAGCUGGAUGGUGCUCAACCCAUCCUGUGUGAGUCCAUCGAGUCGUACGUCAACGACUGUCAGGACCGAGGAGUCACCAUCGGAACCUGGAGGAACAGCACCUUCUGCCCUCUGACAUGCCCCCCCAACAGUCAGUACGUGCCCUGUGCCGCCCCUUGCCAGCCCAGCUGUGCCUCCAGACCCUCCACAGGGUGUGAUGCUCCCUGUUCAGAGGGCUGUGUGUGUGACCCUGGUUACGUCCUCAGCGCCGGGAAGUGUGUCAAAGAGAACUCCUGUGGCUGCAAAGGCACCAACGGACAGUACUACGAGCCUGGUGAGGAGUGGUACCUGGAGGACUGUAAGCUGAAAUGUUAUUGUAACGCUCCCUUCGUCACCUGCAAUCCCUCUGAUUGCCCUCCAAUGCACGAGUGUAAGGUCCAGGGAGGAGAGCUGGACUGCUACCCUACAACCCCAACUACAGUCAAACCAACUACUCCCAUACCAACUACACCUAAACCAACUACUCCCAAACCUACUACCACAAAACCACCAGUGACGUGCCCUCCCAAUGCUGAGUAUAUAGAGUGUGGCCCUGCCUGCAUCCCCAGCUGUAAGGAACCCUCCACCAACUGCACUGGCUCCUGUAUCAGCGCGUGUUUCUGUAAGCCAGGCUUUGUGUUCAAAGGCAGACGCUGUGUCCCCAUAGAAACAUGUGGCUGUCUGGAGGGAGGUGACUACUAUGAGCCAGGAGAGAUCAUCUUUGGGGACGGCUGCUCCAAGCUGUGUCGUUGUGCUGGAAACUACAUCUUGGACUGUGUGGACAACUCCUGCUCUCCCACGGAGGAGUGUCGCAACGGAGCCUGCUAUCCUAAAGACACCUCUACCUGUAUCGCGUCUGGUGACCCUCACUACACCACCUUCGACAAGAAGAAGUACAACUUCAUGGGGAACUGCAGCUACUUGAUGUCAGAGCCCUGUAACCACACGUCAGUGCCUCACUACGAGGUGCAUGCUGACAACGAGAACCGCUUCAACAAACCAACCAUCUCCUACCUGAAGGCUGUGCAUGUGUACGUGCGUGGGGUGAAGAUCUCCGUCUUGAAGGGAGGCACCGUGCAGUUGGAUGGUAUCAAUGUGAACAUCCCACUGACCCCAGCUACAGGCGUGUCUGUUUUGAAGUCUGGUAAACACUACACUGUAGCCAUGGACUUUGGUGUGACCGUACGAUAUGACGGAAACCACUAUAUGGACAUCAAGGUCAUCAAGGACUAUAAGGACAAGCUGUGUGGACUGUGUGGAGACUACAACGGAAACUCCAACGAUGACUUCAGGAAACCCGACGGUUCUCUGACCACCAACCCCAAUGACUUUGGACACAGCUGGGUCACAGAUCCCAAUUGUAACAAGAAGCCCAACACCACCAUCCCAGGCUGUACUGAUGAUGAACUGGACAGGUAUGAGAGCUCUGGCUACUGCGGCAUGCUACUGGACAAGAACGGACCGUUCGCUGUCUGUCACCCUAAGGUCAACCCCAAUAGUUUCUUCAAGGACUGUCUGUUUGACCUGUGCGAGCUGGAUGGUGCUCAACCCAUCCUGUGUGAGUCCAUCGAGUCGUACGUCAACGACUGUCAGGACCGAGGAGUCACCAUCGGAACCUGGAGGAACAGCACCUUCUGCCCUCUGACAUGCCCCCCCAACAGUCAGUACGUGCCCUGUGCCGCCCCUUGCCAGCCCAGCUGUGCCUCCAGACCCUCCACAGGGUGUGAUGCUCCCUGUUCAGAGGGCUGUGUGUGUGACCCUGGUUACGUCCUCAGCGCCGGGAAGUGUGUCAAAGAGAACUCCUGUGGCUGCAAAGGCACCAACGGACAGUACUACGAGCCUGGUGAGGAGUGGUACCUGGAGGACUGUAAGCUGAAAUGUUAUUGUAACGCUCCCUUCGUCACCUGCAAUCCCUCUGAUUGCCCUCCAAUGCACGAGUGUAAGGUCCAGGGAGGAGAGCUGGACUGCUACCCUACAACCCCAACUACAGUCAAACCAACUACUCCCAUACCAACUACACCUAAACCAACUACUCCCAAACCUACUACCACAAAACCACCAGUGACGUGCCCUCCCAAUGCUGAGUAUAUAGAGUGUGGCCCUGCCUGCAUCCCCAGCUGUAAGGAACCCUCCACCAACUGCACUGGCUCCUGUAUCAGCGCGUGUUUCUGUAAGCCAGGCUUUGUGUUCAAAGGCAGACGCUGUGUCCCCAUAGAAACAUGUGGCUGUCUGGAGGGAGGUGACUACUAUGAGCCAGGAGAGAUCAUCUUUGGGGACGGCUGCUCCAAGCUGUGUCGUUGUGCUGGAAACUACAUCUUGGACUGUGUGGACAACUCCUGCUCUCCCACGGAGGAGUGUCGCAACGGAGCCUGCUAUCCUAAAGACACCUCUACCUGUAUCGCGUCUGGUGACCCUCACUACACCACCUUCGACAAGAAGAAGUACAACUUCAUGGGGAACUGCAGCUACUUGAUGUCAGAGCCCUGUAACCACACGUCAGUGCCUCACUACGAGGUGCAUGCUGACAACGAGAACCGCUUCAACAAACCAACCAUCUCCUACCUGAAGGCUGUGCAUGUGUACGUGCGUGGGGUGAAGAUCUCCGUCUUGAAGGGAGGCACCGUGCAGUUGGAUGGUAUCAAUGUGAACAUCCCACUGACCCCAGCUACAGGCGUGUCUGUUUUGAAGUCUGGUAAACACUACACUGUAGCCAUGGACUUUGGUGUGACCGUACGAUAUGACGGAAACCACUAUAUGGACAUCAAGGUCAUCAAGGACUAUAAGGACAAGCUGUGUGGACUGUGUGGAGACUACAACGGAAACUCCAACGAUGACUUCAGGAAACCCGACGGUUCUCUGACCACCAACCCCAAUGACUUUGGACACAGCUGGGUCACAGAUCCCAAUUGUAACAAGAAGCCCAACACCACCAUCCCAGGCUGUACUGAUGAUGAACUGGACAGGUAUGAGAGCUCUGGCUACUGCGGCAUGCUACUGGACAAGAACGGACCGUUCGCUGUCUGUCACCCUAAGGUCAACCCCAAUAGUUUCUUCAAGGACUGUCUGUUUGACCUGUGCGAGCUGGAUGGUGCUCAACCCAUCCUGUGUGAGUCCAUCGAGUCGUACGUCAACGACUGUCAGGACCGAGGAGUCACCAUCGGAACCUGGAGGAACAGCACCUUCUGCCCUCUGACAUGCCCCAACAGUCAGUACGUGCCCUGUGCCGCCCCUUGCCAGCCCAGCUGUGCCUCCAGACCCUCCACAGGGUGUGAUGCUCCCUGUUCAGAGGGCUGUGUGUGUGACCCUGGUUACGUCCUCAGCGCCGGGAAGUGUGUCAAAGAGAACUCCUGUGGCUGCAAAGGCACCAACGGACAGUACUACGAGCCUGGUGAGGAGUGGUACCUGGAGGACUGUAAGCUGAAAUGUUAUUGUAACGCUCCCUUCGUCACCUGCAAUCCCUCUGAUUGCCCUCCAAUGCACGAGUGUAAGGUCCAGGGAGGAGAGCUGGACUGCUACCCUACAACCCCAACUACAGUCAAACCAACUACUCCCAUACCAACUACACCUAAACCAACUACUCCCAUACCAACUACACCUAAACCAACUACUCCCAAACCUACUACCACAAAACCACCAGUGAAGUGCCCUCCCAAUGCUGAGUAUAUAGAGUGUGGCCCUGCCUGCAUCCCCAGCUGUAAGGACCCCUCCACCAACUGCACUGGCUCCUGUAUCAGCGCGUGUUUCUGUAAGCCAGGCUUUGUGUUCAAAGGCAGACGCUGUGUCCCCAUAGAAACAUGUGGCUGUCUGGAGGGAGGUGACUACUAUGAGCCAGGAGAGAUCAUCUUUGGGGACGGCUGCUCCAAGAUGUGUCGUUGUGCUGGAAACUACAUCUUGGACUGUGUGGACAACUCCUGCUCUCCCACGGAGGAGUGUCGCAACGGAGCCUGCUAUCCUAAAGACACCUCUACCUGUAUCGCGUCUGGUGACCCUCACUACACCACCUUCGACAAGAAGAAGUACAACUUCAUGGGGAACUGCAGCUACCUGAUGUCAGAGCCCUGUAACCACACGUCAGUGCCUCACUACGAGGUGCAUGCUGACAACGAGAACCGCUUCAACAAACCAACCAUCUCCUACCUGAAGGCUGUGCAUGUGUACGUGCGUGGGGUGAAGAUCUCCAUCUUGAAGGGAGGCACCGUGCAGUUGGAUGGUAUCAAUGUGAACAUCCCACUGACCCCAGCUACAGGUGUGUCUGUUUUGAAGUCUGGUAAACACUACACUGUAGCCAUGGACUUUGGUGUGACUGUACGAUAUGACGGAAACCACUAUAUGGACAUCAAGGUCAUCAAGGACUAUAAGGACAAGCUGUGUGGACUGUGUGGAGACUACAACGGAAACUCCAACGAUGACUUCAGGAAACCAGACGGUUCUCUGACCACCAACCCCAAUGACUUUGGACACAGCUGGGUCACAUAUCCCAAUUGUAACAAGAAGCCCAACACCACCAUCCCAGGCUGUACUGAUGAUGAACUGGACAGGUAUGAGAGCUCUGGCUACUGCGGCAUGCUACUGGACAAGAACGGACCGUUCGCUGUCUGUCACCCCAAGGUCAACCCCAAUAGUUUCUUCAAGGACUGUCUGUUUGACCUGUGCGAGCUGGAUGGUGCUCAACCCAUCCUGUGUGAGUCCAUCGAGUCGUACGUCAACGACUGUCAGGACCGAGGAGUCACCAUCGGAACCUGGAGGAACAGCACCUUCUGCCCUCUGACAUGCCCCCCCAACAGUCAGUACGUGCCCUGUGCCGCCCCUUGCCAGCCCAGCUGUGCCUCCAGACCCUCCACAGGGUGUGAUGCUCCCUGUUCAGAGGGCUGUGUGUGUGACCCUGGUUACGUCCUCAGCGCCGGGAAGUGUGUCAAAGAGAACUCCUGUGGCUGCAAAGGCACCAACGGACAGUACUACGAGCCUGGUGAGGAGUGGUACCUGGAGGACUGUAAGCUGAAAUGUUAUUGUAACGCUCCCUUCGUCACCUGCAAUCCCUCUGAUUGCCCUCCAAUGCACGAGUGUAAGGUCCAGGGAGGAGAGCUGGACUGCUACCCUACAAGUUCCCAGGACUGUGUGAUCUCUGGAGACCCCCACUACAAUACAUUUGAUGAUAGGUUCUACAGCUUCAUGGGGACCUGCACCUACACCCUGGCCAGGACCUGCAAGAACAACACAGGUCCCUGGUUCUCUGUGGAGGGUAAGAACGAGGAGCGCGGUCUGGCUGGAGUGUCCUACCUGAAAAAGCUCUACGUCACUGUCGAUGGAAUCACUGUCACACUAAUGAAGAGCAGGAAGACUCUGGUGAAUGGAAAGCGAGUGUCCCUCCCUCACUCCCCCUCUCCGCUCAUCUCUCUAUCGCUGGCGGGUCAGUACGUCACGCUGCAGACUCCGUUCGGCCUCAAGGUGCGCUGGGACGGAAACCACUACGCCCAGAUCUCAGUGCCCAGCUCCUACUCUGACAAGAUGUGUGGUCUGUGCGGCGACUACGACGGUAACCCUAACAACGACUUCACCAAGCCGGACGGAUCCCAGGUCACCACCUCCAAGGACUUUGGAAACAGCUGGAAGACCGAGGAAGAUGAGGAUGUCACAUGCAAACCCGACACCGACCCAGAUCCACACUGUGAUCCCUCACUAGAGGCAGAGGUUUCCAAACCUGAGAACUGUGGAAAAUUAACCGACACCAAAGGACCCUUCAGGGAGUGCAUAGCGUCGGUGGACCCUAGUCCGUUCUUCCAGAGCUGUGUGUAUGACAUGUGUCGCUUCGUGGGCCAACAGCAGAUGCUGUGUGACCAGCUUCAGGUGUAUACCGACGCCUGCCUGAGCGCAGGGAUCAAGGUCCACCCCUGGAGGGAGACAGAUUUCUGCCCCCUGGCCUGUCCUCCCAACAGUUCUUACUCCAUGUGUGUGAGCUCCUGUCCAGAGACAUGUCUGGGUGUCAGCGGCCCCGCUGGUUGCUCCGAGGUGUGUGUGGAGGGGUGUGAGUGUAACCGUGGCUUUAUCCUCAGUGACGACAAGUGUGUUGCUGUUAAAGACUGUGGCUGUGUCAACUCCUCUGGAGACUACCAUCCUGUGGGGGACGCCUGGUACCUGGAGGGCUGUAAGGAGAAGUGUGUGUGUCUGGGUGGAGGGGUGCUACAGUGUCACAACACCACCUGUACCCCGGCAGAGAGCUGUGGCCUGCAGGAUGGGGAGUUAGGAUGUUACCCACUGGAAACAGGUAUCUGCACUGUACAGGGCGACCCUCACUACACCUCUUUCGAUAAAAAGGUGCAUAACUUCAUGGGUUCCUGUUCCUACACUCUCACCAAGCCGUGCAAUGAGUCCUCCGGCUUGCCGUACUUCACCGUCGACACGCAGAACGAGCACCGAGGCAGCAACAAGAAGGUGUCGUACGUCCGAGCCGUCAUGGUCAAGGUCUCCGGGAUGACUGUCAUCUUGGGAAAGGGACGCAAAAUACAGGUCAACGGUACCCUGGUGACCCCUCCCGUGACUCUGACCAAUGGGGUGAAGAUCUACCUGAGCGGGAAGUUCGUUGUGUUGGAGACGACCUUUGGCCUGCGGGUGAGGUUCGAUGGUAACCACCACGCUGACGUCACUCUGCCCUCCUUCUACAACCAACUGCUCUGUGGACUUUGUGGAAACUUCAAUGGCCAACCUGGUGAUGACAACAUCAAGCCAGAUGGUAAACCAGCCGUCAACACCAACGAACUGGGAGAGAGCUGGCAGGUACCCGACGACCGCCCCGACUGCACCCACGGCGAAGGAGAGGAGGAGUGUGAUCCCAAGGUGGAGGUAGAGGCUGUGAAACCUACCAGCUGUGGGAUGAUCAGUGACCCUAACGGUAUCUUCAAGCCGUGCCACGUGGUGGUUCCCCCCAACAUCUACCAGGAGAACUGUGUGUAUGACCAGUGUGCUACAGGAGGAGAGACGGUGGCUCUGUGCCAGGCUAUAGAGAGUUACGCUGACCUGUGUGCCUUGGCUGGAGUACCCAUCGCAUGGAGGAACAACACCUUCUGUCCUCUGAAGUGUCUCCCAGGCAGCCACUACGAGCCCUGUGGUAGCGCCUGUCCCUCCAGCUGUCAGAACCCUACUUUCAACUCCACCUGUAACCAGCCCUGUGUAGAGGGGUGUGUGUGUGACCUCGGACUGCUCCUCAGCGGAGACAAGUGUGUCCCACCCAGCCAGUGUGGCUGCACCGACGAGGAUAACAACUAUAGGCCGGUGGGAGACAGUUGGUUCACUGAGCUGGACUGUUCGGAGCGUUGUAGGUGUAACCCUGGCAGCAACAUGACCUGUGAGCCGUGGCAGUGUAGCCCCGCCCAGGAGUGUAAGGUGUUGGAGGGAGAGCUGGGAUGUUUCUCAACAGGUUUGGCUGUGUGUCAUGUGUCUGGAGAUCCUCACUACUACACCUUCGACGCUGUCAUGCACACCUUUAUGGGUACCUGUACCUACACCCUGGUAGAGGUGUGUAACUCCACCAAGGUAACUCCGUUCACCAUCGUGGCGAAGAAUGAGGAGCGCGGCCAACCAGAGGCGUCUUACGUGCACUCUGUUACAGUCUACCUUCCCAACGCCAACAUCACGCUACAGAAGAGCCGCAGAGUUCUGUUGAACGGGCACAGGGUGCGUACUCCUCUGUCCAUCGAUGUGGCCGGGGCCAGGGUCUUGAGUAGUGGUGUCUACAUUCUACUGGACACUAACUUUGGCCUGAAGGUGAAGUUUGAUGGAGUCCAUCACCUGGAGAUCAUCGUCCCUGGAGAGUACUUCAACAAGGUGUGUGGUAUGUGUGGUAACUUCAACAUGAACACGUCUGAUGACAACCUGAAACCAGAUCGAAAGCCGGCCAAGGACGUGAUGGAACUAGGCAACAGCUGGAAGUCAGAGGGAGACUCAGACCCAGGAUGCUCGCCAGAUGAGCGUCCCAGCAUCCACCCCAACUGCACGACAGAAGAAGAGAACCAGUACGAGACCCUGUGUUCUUCUGUUGUCCUCGGAGAGAAAUUCAAGCCCUGCCACUCUUUACUGUCCCCAGAGGCUUUCCUGGAGAACUGUGUGUAUGACAUGUGUGAAUACGACGGCAUGCAGGCCACACUGUGUGAUAACGUGGAAGCAUAUGCCCAAGCCUGUCAGUCAGCCGGGGUCACCAUCAGCUGGAGGAACAAUACAUUCUGUCCCCUGCCGUGCCCCCCCAAUAGCCACUACUCUGACUGCACGGCCCCCUGCCCCCCCACCUGCUCUGACCUGUUCCCCACGCUCUGCCACCUUCCCUCUACCACCUGCGUCGAGGGGUGCCAGUGUGACGCAGGGUUUGUCCUCAGUGAUGUGCAGUGUGUUCCUCUGGCCAAGUGUGGCUGUGUGGACAGAGUGGGAGAGUACCAUGAUGUGGGUGACUCGUGGUUGACGGACCACUGUGAUGGCCAGUGUACCUGUAACCUGGGAGGCUCCAUAACCUGCUCAGACGUUAAAUGUCCCGACAAUUCUGUCUGCAUUCUGGACAAAUAUGGAGAACUCUACUGCAAACCUGAGAAGUUCAACAGGUGCAAUAUCCACGGUGACCCCCACUACCGUACGUUCGAUGGGCUCACCCACCACUUCCAGGGCCCCUACACCUACACCCUGACCCAGGGUCACGACCUCCCCAGCUCACUGGUCGAUCUGCAGGUGCGGGGGAAGAACGUCCGUCGUGGUGGCAGCAGGAAGGUCUCCUACCUGGAUGAGGUGUAUGUCGAUGUCUACGGAGUCAGUAUCCGAUUCCUGCAGAAGAAAGUAGUACUGGUGAACGGUGAGCGUGUGGCUCUUCCUCUCAGUCCUAGAGGCGGCCUGACCAUCACGAUAAACUCGAAGAACGUGCAGCUGGUCGCCGACUUCGGCAUGACCGUACGCUUCGACGGCAAGCAGCACGGAGAGGUGAUCCUACCCAGUACGUACAGAGACAGGGUGAGGGGUCUGUGUGGGAACUAUGAUGGGGUCUCCAGGAAUGAGUACAUGAAACCAGAUGGAACCGUGACGCGGAACCUUGAAGAGUUUGGAAGUAGCUGGAGGGUGACUGACAGGCAGGGGGCGGAGCUAGUGACAUCAGAACUCCCCAAGAUGGUGCACCUGCACAGGCGUGAUGUGGAGACCGACCCAGAGACAGGCUAUGAGACAGCAGGUUGUACUGACGCUCAGCUGGCUGAGUUCAAGGGUAUUAAACAGUGUGGAGCCGUAUCAGACCCUACAGGACACUUCGCUGCCUGCCAUGCAUCACUACUCCCCUACAGCUUCCAGGAGGACUGUUUGUUUGACCUGUGUGCGGAUCAGGAAACCGACUCCCUGCGUUGUGACAGUUAUGAGGUGUACGCCCUGGCCUGCCAAGAGGCUGGAGUCAAACUGGGCAACUGGAGACAACAGCUGGGCUGUGUCCUGAGCUGUGUAGCCAACAGUGCCUACUCUGAGUGUAUGACCCCUUGCCCUGCCUCCUGCGCUGAUCUGGCCGCGCCCUCCGAGUGUGACUUCACUGCCUGUGUUGAGGGGUGCCAGUGUUCCCCAGGAUUCACCAUGAGCGGAGGCAUCUGUGUUCCCUACAGCGAGUGUGGCUGCACCUACUUGGAUAGAUACUACCCUCUUAAAGAGAGGUUUGUGACAGAGGACUGUGCCCUGUCCUGUGAGAGUACGCCCUCGGGCGCCGUGUGCCAACCUAAAGGCUGUUCCGACACACACGUCUGUACUAUCUUCAACUUCACACGUGACUGCUACAAAAAGAGCCCGUGUCUGAGUGACCCCUGUCUGAACAACGGUAUAUGCUCUGAGAUUACAGUAGAUUUAUUCAGCUGUCAGUGUCCAGAGGGUUUCCAGGGCAACCUUUGUGAGAUUGAGAAGACAGAUACCAGCGGAGGCCUGGAUAAGAACACAAUCAUAUUCAUCGCAGUCCUGGUGCCUCUGGGAAUCAUCAUCAUAGCACUGAUCUGUGUGUUAUGCUACAAAUGCUGUAGAAAGAACAAAGAAAAUAAGUAUUAUUGUGACAGCACAGAUUCAAAACAUGGGAAGCCAGCGAAAGAGAAAAGCAGGAGAAAAACACCUGUCCCACCUAUUCAGCUGAUUUAUUGCAGAGGCACCCAGUACAACAUGCAUCUUAAGGACAGCAACGUCAAAUACGACAACUUCGGCAACAAUGAGAAGAACGCAAGCAACAAUGUGACUCCCAUGUAGCUGGAGAGAGAGAACUCAAGAGUUCCAUGUUUACUGGCAGAUGAAUGUACGGAGGUCACACACAAACACAAGCUAGACCCUAACAGUGGCAUGAUACAUGUCAUUUAGCAGAUGCGUGCAAACAAUUAUACAACUUUUUUUUUUUUGCAAAUGGGUGGCCCCAGGAAUCAAACCCACUAUCUUGGCAUUGUAAGAGCCAUGCUCUACCAACUGAUCUACAGAGGACCACUCUGUAAAUCCAGUAAAAUGCUGACAAGUUUACUUUAAAAUGCAUUUUAAAAUCCACACAAAUUCAUAACAGUCCGUAACGUCAAUGUUAAAUAUUUGUCCCGAUAUUACUUGUAGAAUUUGUGAAUAUUGUCAUUAUAUUACCUGCUUUUAUUAACGUAUUCAUGCUUUUGUUGUUGUAAUUUGAUCAUGUGUGAAAUAUGAGAUGUCAGAAAAGAUCCAAGGAAAAGUGAAAUUAUUAAAUGCCUAAAGUGCCUAAGAUGUUAUUGAUUGAAUUAAAUUAUGUUGCUGCAAGCAUAAAAUAUUCUUUUUUUUUUACACACACACAAACACACACACGAACGGCAUGUAUACAAGCCCAAUCCCUCCAACUGCCUUUCUUCAUUCAGCAAGUGCAUACUAGGAGUGACCAAAAACAAAACAAAUUACAGAGCCCCUUUGGGGUCAUGGUGGAAGGAAAAAAACAGCCAGACUAAUCCGUUCCUUUUGUUUUUGUAUUAAUUCCCCCCAAAAAAUGUAUUAGUUCCCUCUGUUUUUAUCCUUUCUUCCAAUUUUUUUAUUCAUUCCCUCAGUUUUUUUACCCAUUCCCUCAGAUAUUUUAUUUGUUCCCUCUGUUUUUUUUAUAAGCUACUCCUGACCUUGUGGAUUUAUGUAGCCCAUCUUUAUGGCAUAAUAAGGAAAGCCUCCCUAUAUAUAGUUCCCAUUAAAGCGUCUGUGAGCGCACGGGCAGCCCCAUUUUGAGGCAAUCUCCA